UGUGUUUAUCACUUUUCGAAAUUCAAACGCUGAUUGAUAAUAUGUAAUUUAAUAGUUUCUGAAUUCUGUCGUUUCUUUAGGCAUUCAACUGGCGGUAAAAAUGCGCCCGCGGCUGGAUGAAUUAGCAGUGUGUACCGGAACUUCGCCUUCCUAGUAACCGGAUGGCUUCGAUCGACAUCGCUCAGCUGGCUGACUCUCUGGCCAAGACCCAGGUGGGGGAUGGAGAGCUGAGUUUCAAGGGCCGAGGAUUGAAGCUGGACAGCGCCCAGUCUGUGGAGGAGUUGGUGCGAGAAAUCGAGGCUUUCCGGGAGCUGCAGGCCUUGAGGCUGGAGGGGAACACAGUGGGCGUGGAGGCCGCAAUGGCCAUCGCCAGGGCACUGGAGAGCAAGAGUCAGCUGCAGUUCUGCUACUGGAGUGACAUGUUCACCGGCCGCCUGCGAUCUGAGAUCCCUCCAGCGUUGACCUCCCUGGGCAAUGGUCUGAUAAGAGCAGGGGCACGGCUGACUGAGCUAGACCUGAGUGACAAUGCUUUCGGACCCGAUGGUGUGAGGGGGAUCGAGGCGCUGCUCAAGAGCGCCUCCUGCCACAGCCUCCGGGAACUGCGGUUGAACAACUGCGGCAUGGGAGUCGGGGGCGGCAAGAUCCUCGCUGCAGCAUUGAUGGAGUGCCACACACAGUCUGCGAUGCUGGGCACGGCCUUCCGGCUCAAGGUGUUUGUCGCUGGGCGGAACCGGCUGGAAAAUGAAGGGGCCACAGCGCUCGCACAAGCUUUCCAGGUGCUGGGUAGCCUGGAGGAGGUGCACAUGCCCCAGAACGGCAUCAACCAUCGGGGGGUGAGGGCUGUGGCCGGCGCCAUGCAGUUCAAUCCACAGCUGCGUGUGCUAAACUUCAACGACAACACGUUCACCAAGAAAGGCGCCAUCGCCAUGGCGAAGGCCCUGACCUACCUGCGCAAUGUCCAGGUGAUCAAUUUUGGCGACUGCCUGGUGCGCUCCGAAGGUGCCUUGGCCAUAGCUGAAGCCCUGAGAGAAGGGUUGCCCAUCCUUAAGGAGCUCAAUCUCUCAUUCGGUGAGAUAACGGAGGAAGCAGCUCUGCUGGUGGCUCAUGCUGUUAAGGACAAAAGCCAGCUGGAGAAGCUGGACCUUAAUGGUAAUUGUCUGGGUGAGGAGGGCUGUGAGGCUCUGAAGGACACCAUGGACGCCAUGAACAUGGGCAACACCUUGUGCUCACUCAGUGAUGAUGAGGGAGAGCUGGAGGAUGAUGAAGAGGAUGCUGAUAGCGAAGAAGAGGAGGAGGACGAAGAUUCUGAGCUUCAGGAUGAGGAAGGCGAAGAACCAGUUGCAGUAACAGGAAAUGGGGUGUCCACACCCGACGAGUCCUCGAUACCUGUGGACAUUGACUCCUUCCUCAGCGCCCCCUCUCCCGGCAAGCUACUCGACCUCGGAACCAAGCGGAGCCUGCUGAUCGAGCAACAGGUCGACGUGUCAGACGCUGGCAAGACAGCAGCGAUGUUCCUGAAGAUCUCGUCUGUGUAUGGAGAAGAUCCCGAGGUCAGGAGAGCUGUGCUGGAGAGCACUGACGCAUUGCUGAAGAAGGCCUUCUCCUGUCCGUCCUUCCAGACCUACGACUUCAUCUCCAGCCUGAUGACGAUGUUGGCGCUGCUCAAGAACGAGGACAAUGCGAAGACCCUUCCGGUGGUGCCAGGUCAUCUGCUGGUCUUGGAGCAUGUGGUGCGGCAGGUCUACUUCCCGAGGGACCACCUCGGCACGCUGGACGCUCUUGUGUCCCGGCAAAGCCAAGCCUUUGAAUCCUGUGCCAGCGCUUGGAACAACCUCAAGACCACCUUGGAAAGAAGGAUCCGACUGGAGUGCUGAGAGCGACCCCAUGGCCCAGGACCGCCAAAGUGCUACAUCCUGGGCAGUACUGGACCAAGGCUCUGAAGCAGCCUGUACUAUGCUCCACUCAGGACACACAGACUGUCUCUCACACCCACAGACAGACACGCACCACCUUGCUGUGCUGCUGCACGACUGGGCAAACACGGACGCUCCGUGUUCAACUCCAGCAGAGCAACUGAAGGCUGCAUAUCAACAUCAGAAGAGUUUUAUUACUGUGCUGCUUAUUUGUUACAAAAGUAUGGAGAAGGGACUAUGUAUGAAAACAUGGGUAGAUUCAGAUUUCCUGCACCGGACUGUGAUCUAUAGGGGUGUGAAUGGUGACCCAGCCCAGCUGGGAGGCUUCUACGCAUCAGUGCCUUUUUCUAAUGGAUGUUGUUUCUGUCGUUUACACUGCAUACAUGUCGCAGCCUGUCUUUUGGUACUGAUAUCUGACCUUUUGAGGAAGGAUCAUGGUUGUUCUGCACAGGAACAGGUCAUUCGCUUAGCCGCUCGCUGAGGUUAUGGUACCGUCCUGGGCGCAUGUAGGAAGGGAAAUGUAAUCAGGCUCAGUGCUCAGUUAUUUCAUAUCUGUCUGCUGUAUAAUUUCAGUGAUAUGUUCUAUUAUACUUUUCUAAAAACAGACA